CCGCGGUCCCGCGCCAGGAGAUCGCCAUUGUGUGCCCGCCCGGUCGACCAGCCGCUUGUUCUAGGAACCCGCGUCAGAGGAGCAGCUGAGAGAAGGCUUAACAUUUCAGAGUGAAACCCUGUCAUGUAGCAGCAGCAGCACCGACACACCACACCUUCAAUGGGAGUGAGUCCCUCUGGAGCCCGGGAUCACACUCUGAACGCUUGGCUUACUUCAAUUAAGAAGACCUGUUGUGGUCUAUGCCAGUUGUUCUAUGCGUAAAACAACUGCAUUGUUGUCAUUCAUCAGCCCUUCUGAUAGUUCAUGUAUUUAUUCCUCCAUGGUUCUAAUUUAGUAAGUGACCAAUCACGCGUUUGGUCCUUGAAUCCUUUUUGCGUAAAAGUCUUCUGCGUAAAAGUGCACCGCGGAUUCAAACGUGGAGAUUCCGGUGCCAUUGGUCAUAGAUGUCCUCUCAGCUGGAAGGAGGCCUGCAGCUGGGGACCACGGACAAACUCCAUGUACUCAAAACGGAAGACGUGACAAGUCCUGACGGAUGCGUCGGUCAGCGCCGCGGCCGCCGCGGGGACGCAGUGGCCCCGGCCCCGGUCCCGGCUCCGGAGCGCCACGCGCCGCCGCCGCCGCCGAAGACGCGCAAGAUGACCCGGAGCCCCAAAUGCGCCCGAUGUCGUAACCACGGCGUCGUUUCGUGUCUGAAAGGCCACAAACGCUUCUGCCGCUGGAGGGACUGCCGCUGCGCCUGCUGCCUGCUGGUGGUGGAGCGGCAGCGCGUCAUGGCGGCGCAGGUCGCCCUGAGGAGGCAGCAAGCUGCGGAGGGUAAGCGGGGCGCCGUGUGUGCCGGUCCAUCGAGGAGGACGGCGUAUCAGCGUUACGCCCGAGCGGCCGAGCCCAGCGCGCUGGCCAAGAGCAUCCUGCAGGGGCUCAAACGGCCGGAGGAAGACGCCUCGUGCUGGCCGAAGCAGCCGCAGAGCGACCGGACGCACUUCACUUGUCCGCCAAUCAGCAGCCGGAUGAGGAAGAGGCGGGCCUUCGCGGACAAGGAGCUGGAGAACGUGAUGCUGGAGCGGGAGCUGAGACAGAGGGAGCUGCACGGCAACCUUUCCUUCUCCUCCUCCUCCUCCUCUUCAGGCCUCGUCCCUGUGCUCCACCCUCCUCCUCCGCCCCUGCCGGCCUCUCCAAGCCCCACCUGUUGUCUUCUCAACAAGGAACACGCCGCCGCGGGGGCGUCCGGUUAUGUGCCCGUGUUUAAAUAUAAGCCUCUGUAUGAGUGUGACUUCCAGUUCUAUCAGUUCUUCCACCUGAAGAGCAGGUCAACCGACUUCUUAUGCCAGAGCUCCGAGCUCCGACGGGAUGUCGAGGGUCUGAAUAGCUGCCAAGGCCGUGAAAAGAAAGACUCCCCAGAGCUGACGCCUCUCCCAUCGCGACCGAUACUCAAACAUCACGGCGGCACCUCGUCGGGGCUCCACCACGUCAAAACCCCCUCGAAACCAACAGAAAUAAUAAACUCCACCGGCCCGUCAGCCGUCACACGCUCACUUUUCGGAUCCAAUCUGGGCAUCUUGGGUUGGCCAGACGUCGCCGCACACAGCAGGACUUUUGAGCCCAGAUCUCUGACUGCUAAGGGCGGGUGCGCAGACACUUCUGCCGAUCAGGCAGGUCCUCACGCCGACUGGGUCAAGGGCCCUCGCGGCGGCUCGGCCAGGAGCCCCGCUGUGAAGCCAUUACCGUUCUCGGUGGAGGCUCUGCUGAGGGCCUGACGGGGCUAAUGGAAAAGCAGUGUGCACUUUGUUGAUGUGUGCGGACUAAGAAUCGCUCUUGAGUGAAUAAAUACCCCCACGAGAAAUUGCUAGUUGUGUAAAACAGGUUUUGAAAGACUUUUCUUUGACGUGGCUGCUUGGUGUUCAGGGAAAUAUGUAUGCACAAUUUCCAGAACUUUAAUUAUUUUGUCUUUUUUUUUUUUCCUCUUAC